CACCCUGAAGAAGGAAAGUCCAGCUCGUGUCACAGGCGGACCUCCUUCUCUCGUUCUUUUAUUUCUCUCCGGGGUUUUCGCCGCCUAUUUACCCCGCCACGCCCUUUAUUGAGGACUCUCUCUCUCUCUCUCUCUCGCUCCGUGUGAUUAAGGACCUGAAAUUCGCGAGUGGAAGAGAGAAAGAGGUGACCGAGAACAGGAGAAAGAGAAAAAAGGGGGAGGAAGAUGAAGGCGCUGAGGAAAAAUGAGGAAGAAGUCGUGAGUGUUCGUGCUGGUUGUCUCCCUGGUCGGCUGGGGUCUCACUUGUAGUUAGAGAGAGAGAAAGAAAGAGAAUUGGAAGAAAAGAAUAUUUAAAGAGAGAGUGAGUGAGAGAGAAAAAAAGAGGGGAAAAGGGAAGCAGCCCCCGGAAUCAGGUGGCGAAGUAGGUGUUUUUAGGGAGAGUUGUUUAGAAGGUGGUUUUCUUCUCCCUACUCCCUUCUUCUCCCUUCUUCUCCCUUCUCCCCCCGAGCCACCCCCUCCCUGUAAACAAACAUACGCCAGAGCAUAGGCCUUGAUGGUAGAGGAGUAGUUGCAAAGCCCACAGUCGUCCUUCAUGGUGGAGGAGGGCCUAUACCAGCGCGUGGCCCUGGAGUCACCCUCGCAGUCCCCCACGCAGUCGAGUGACCACCUCCUCGACAACAAGUGCGUCCAGUCCAGCGCCAGCUCCUCCUCGGACAAUCUCGAUGUGACGACGCAGGAAACGCAUCCAAAGACUAAGAGUUGUCUAUACUGUUUGAAGGUUAAGAUGGCAAGCGUGAAGCGGAAGUGGCAGGUGUUCCCAGGGCGCAACAAAUUCUACUGCGAUGGCCGGAUAAUGAUGGCGCAGCAGACCGGCAUCUUUUACUUCACUGUUGGUCUUAUUUUUGUCACAAAUGUGCUUUUCUUUGUCUUUGACUAUCGGCCCCCACCACGAACCAAGGAAAUAACUGUCAGGGGCGUAACUGUAAAGCUUAAGUACUGUUUUACCUGCAAAAUAUUCAGACCACCUCGAGCAUCACACUGUUCAAUCUGCGAUAAUUGUGUUGAGGUGCCGAAUUCUGGCAAUGUUCCCAGCUAUCGGCCCCCACCACGAACCAAGGAAAUAACUGUCAGGGGCGUAACUGUAAAGCUUAAGUACUGUUUUACCUGCAAAAUAUUCAGACCACCUCGAGCAUCACACUGUUCAAUCUGCGAUAAUUGUGUUGAGGUGCCGAAUUCUGGCAAUGUUCCCAGCUAUCGGCCCCCACCACGAACCAAGGAAAUAACUGUCAGGGGCGUAACUGUAAAGCUUAAGUACUGUUUUACCUGCAAAAUAUUCAGACCACCUCGAGCAUCACACUGUUCAAUCUGCGAUAAUUGUGUUGGUAGUUGGCAUAAAUUUAGCAAACUGACUUUUUUUUGUUGUUGUUGUUAUUGCUACAUCGAUCUUUGUUCAACAGAGGUGCCGAAUUCUGGCAAUGUUCCCAGCUAUCGGCCCCCACCACGAACCAAGGAAAUAACUGUCAGGGGCGUAACUGUAAAGCUUAAGUACUGUUUUACCUGCAAAAUAUUCAGACCACCUCGAGCAUCACACUGUUCAAUCUGCGAUAAUUGUGUUGAGCGGUUUGACCACCACUGCCCAUGGGUCGGUAACUGCGUAGGCAAAAGAAAUUACCGGUAUUUCUACCUCUUCAUUAUAUCUCUGGCUUUUCUCUGUGUGUUCAUAUUCUCCUGCGUCAUUGCACAUCUUGUCAUAUACAUGAACAGUGAGGAAAAGACUUUCAUGGUGGCCAUUCAGAAGAACCCAGCAUCUGUGAUAGAAGGUGUCAUCUGCUUCUUCUCGGUGUGGUCCAUCCUAGGGCUGGCGGGCUUCCACACCUACCUCACCACAUCCAACCAAACUACCAAUGAGGAUAUCAAAGGUUCAUUUACUGCUCGUCGUGGCCAAGCUAACUUCAAUCCCUAUGGAUAUGGGAACUUCUGCCUCAACUGCCUGGCUGUUCUUUGUGGACCAGUUCAGCCAAGUCUCAUUGAUCGCAGGGGUGUAGUAACCCUAGAAUACCUUACCACCACCCAAGGAAAGGUCUCAGAAAAUCAAGCACCUUCAAGAAGUUAUGGCACAGUACACACAGUUCAACCCUCGAAUGGCAUAGUGCCACAGCGAGGAGGAUCAGAGGCCCCGGCUGGAAGUCCAGGUGGUGCUGGAGGGGGGACAGGUGCUGUCACCACAGGAGCCCCGAAUGGCAACGUGGCUCCAACACUGAAGAAGAAGUCGGCAUCAUCCCAGUCUAUAAAUGGCAAGGAAGCAGUGAGCAAUAGCCCAACAGGAAUUCAUCCUCAAGUCAGUCCUCUCCCAGCACCUGUGGGUUCCUCAGUAGCACCAGCCCCAGUUCACCCAGUCCCAUCAAGUCCUGUUGAUAGUCUACCAGUGGUAAGCAGCACUGGUGGUGUAGGGGGCACAUCCGGCGUCUCUACCAGCCAGUUGUACCUGCUGGAUAGUUCUUACGAUCUUGAUUUGGAUUCCAUUGAUGGUUCAGUGUCACAACCUUCACAUUCUGAGUCUUCUCAAUUGGGCCUGAUUCACAGUAAUGCUGUAUAGCCCCUUGAGGAUGUAGCCAGUACACUUCUUUCUUCUGUAGCGAGUGUCAAACACAAGCUGGAAUGGUGCCCUGCACUCCCUGCUGUAUCUUGUGUAUUGAUCUUAGAAUAUGUGCUUAAAUAAACAUUGUUUUUUGGACCCAUUUAUGAGUGAUUAUUUUGGGGCAAAUAAACCAUUAUAGUAAUUUAACAAGGAAUGAAAUUUAACCUUGAUUUUUUAUCAGAUACUUGUGAUAUAAGUUACAUUAUUAUAAGUGGAAAAAAAACAAAUUAGUUUUAAGUGAAUAUGUUUGCAAAGUCUGUGUGUGUUAAUAUUUUAUCCAAUAGGGAAAGUUCGACUUAUAUCUGUGACUUAAUCAGAUUUUCUGAAGCACAAUCAAAGAAUUAUUUUUGUUAGGUUUUAUUUUUUAGAAUGAUUUUUCCCUUGGAUGUGUAUGCCUGUAGGUGAACAUAGAAGUUUUUGUUGUGUAUGUCUUAUUUGUUUAUUUUUGUAUGUAUUUAUAGUCAAGUUUAUGACUGAGAAUGUUUGUCAUGAGCCUUGUACAUGACUUUUUAUUUUAUUAUUAUUAUUUUUUUUUUCCUUUUCUAUUUAUAUGGAUGAUUGUAUACAGGAGUGUUAAGUCUUCAUUAAUUUUUUGUUUGAAGGAUUUUGUGUUUUGUCUUGUACUGUAAAUAUACAUCCAUUUGUACACCCAAACAUAGUGUGCACAUGUUUGUACAUAUUCUCAUACUUUUGUAUAUUUGCAUUUCAUAAAUGAAUUUUCUCAUCUUUGUUUAAAAGUUACUGUAGAUAAUGUGCUUUGAAAUGUACUCAUUGACAGGACAAUUUAACAGAUACAUGAUAUUAAAGUCUUGCAACUUUUUUAUCAUAUAUGAUCUAUAGUUUUUGUGUUGAAAACUUUAAGUUGGGAAGGAUUCCAGCAGGUGUAUGUGACCAAAGUUUUAUAUUUAAUCAGCCUCAUAAAUUUAGUUACUAAUAUGAUGAACUGUAAGCAAAGCUGUUUUGUAUCUGUAAGGAUUUACCCAGAUAUAUGUUAUGUUCAUACUCGGCAAUAUUUUGAAAGGACAGUGAUUGCAAUUUGUAUAAACGAUACGAACAUAUAUUUUAAUACAGAACAGUGACAAGAUUAAUAAUGAAUGUGGAUAUUCCAAAGCAACAGAGGACAAACUGAAGGUUACAUUGUAUGGUUGUAGAGUAGGGUAGCGGAAGCCCACUCGCAUAUAAUAGGUUUUGACAGUGGAGAGUUAUUAAUUCAAAACCCUCUCUAUACGUUUGGGUUAUUCACAGAGUUGUGGAGUGGAAUGGACAGUAAGGUGCCACAAUGCAGAAUUAAGUUUGUUUGUUUUUUUUGUUUUUUUUUCUUCUAAGUGAUUUAAGGUUGUGUAUUUGGGUUUAAUUUGUAGUCCACUUACACAAGCUGUUAUUUACAUUUUGCUGUCUAUAGUAGCAGUAAAACAGGACUAAGUUCCUACUGGGGUGAUGUGUUUAGCUCUUUCUAUCCCUACAAUGAAGUGACCAGUAUCUGUUGGAAGUUCUCUGAUGUAUAUCACAGGCAAACUUGAAAAGCAGAACUAUUAUAUAUAUAUAUACACAUCAUUUUGAGUUUGUUUGAACAGCUGAAUUGUUACCAGCUAAUCCCUGUUAUUGAUCAUACUUUUCCCUUUUUAUUUUUUAUUUUAUUUAUUUGUUAUUAUAAUUUUUUUUUUUUACUGAUUGCAUUUCUGUUAUGUUUAGGUUGUAGUUUACAUUAAGGGUUGUGUGGCCCCUGUUGGUACAGUAACCAGUCAUACUGUAUCAUUCUUGUUCCUCAUACUCUUGGCUUUUGGCAAUAAUUCUGACAGCAGCAACUUGAAUAGUGUAUUGUUGUAUGACUUUAAUUGUCAUUGAAGAGUUAUUGAUUAUGGUAGUCAUUAAAGUGUUUAUUAAAAUGAAAACAAAA